AUGUACGACAAGGCGAGAGGACUGGGCACCCCCCACAUAUUCACCGGGGGAAGUAAAUAUUCCGGGCGCAUCGGCGCUGCAGCCGUGGUGGACACGUUUAGUGUCGAAAGGGCAUGCCAGAUGGGUGACGAUGGCAUACCCACCGUGUACGCAGCCGAGAUCGGCGGUAUCGAAAUGGCCCUGGGGCUAAUUCAGGAAGGCUGGUACCAGACACCGGGGAGGAUGAAUGGAUCGAAGACGGCGCCGAGGAAAAUGAGGAAGGAAUCGAAAAGCCCAAUCAAAUUACCAGAUAAGCAGACACUAUAG